AGAUGCUUGGACCUCGAGCAACCAAUUUGCGUUCCUUGCAAUUAUCAUGCAUUAUGUGACCAAUGACUGGCAGUUAGAAGAGCUUUUGAUCGAUUUUUGUGAAAUUAUUGGCGAACACAGUGGUGCAAAUCUUGCCGAAGCUGUGUGGAACACACUCGAACUUUACAGGACUCAAAGAUCGGAUCAUGGGUGUCGUAUGCGACAAUGCUACGAACAAUGAUACACUACUUGAAUCCCUUGAAGAAAAGUGUUCCGCUGAGGGGAUCGACUUCUCGCACAAGAAAGCACGGAUCCAUUGUUUGCCACAUAUUGUGCACCUAUCUGCAAUGCAGCUUCUUGAGGGCAUUGGUGCUAUCAAGCCAAAUUCGAGACGUAGAGAAUCUGCAUACCAGGACUCAGUUACUGCUCCCAUAGACUGUGAGAUUGACGAUAACGCUGCACUUCUUGAUGAAGCGGAUCAAUUUGGCACUCUGCAGGGGGUUUUGUCGGCUGUCGACAAGCUUCGAAAGAUUGUUUGGUCAGUUCGGUCAAGCCCACAGCGACGCAAGGCAUGGCUUGCAGAGGUCAUGAUAUCACUCAAGAAGACUGAUAAU